CUUUAGCUGUCGUUCUGGUCCAAAUAUUAAGGAUGAAUUUUCUCUGUCUUUCCACACUUGCUAUUUUAUGCAGGCUUGCUUCAAGUGCAGAAUGGUGUUAUCAGACCCAAGUAACUUGCUCCAAUCACUCAUGCAUAGGACCAGAUGACUGGGCAACAGUAGCCGCAGCGUGUGGAAACAAUAAACAGUCGCCAAUUAACAUUGUUACAAAUAAAGCUUCUACAGACAGUCGACUGACCCCAGUACAGUUUACAGACUAUCAAGAGAGACUCAAUGCUGUGAUUGUAAACAAUGGACAUACAGUGCAAAUUAACCUGCCAGACAGAGCAAAAAUUAAUGGGGCCAAUUUAGGAUCCACUUACAAAGCUCAGCAGCUUCACCUGCACUGGGGCAAGAAUGGAGGACCUGGAUCAGAGCAUACCAUUGAUGGAGAGAAAUUCCCUAUGGAGCUUCACGUUGUACAUAUAAAAGAAGAAUACAACUCUUUAGAGCAGGCUGUGGGUGACUCUUCUGGAGUGGCUGUUCUUGGGUUUUUCUAUGAGGAAUCAGAAAAUGCUAAUAAAAAUUAUGACGCUAUCAUAAAUUCUCUGACAAACAUUACACAUCCUGAAAGCAAUGCAGCACUUGGAGCCAUAUCAUUAGACAUGCUCAUUCCUAAUGAAGACUUGGACAAGUACUUUCGCUACGAGGGCUCACUCACCACACCGGGAUGUGCUGAAGCAGUGGUCUGGACCAUUUUUGAGAAAACUAUACCACUCAGCAAGGAACAGCUUUCUGCAUUUUCAAACUUGACGUUUUCAGACGGUGCGGCCAUGGUAAACACAUUCCGACCCAUUCAGCUGCGUUACGAUCGUCCGGUGUAUUAUUCGAGGAGUUACAUCUUUCAUGUUAGCACUAUCUUACUGGUCAGCUCUGUUUUCACAUCCCUCUGUGUUCUCACGGUCUGAUUUAUGCUUAUCUCUUCAGAAAGUUAUUUAUCGCUCAUCAAUAAUUUAAAAAAAAUCUGAGUUUAUUUAUUGCAUGUCGUUCAGCCAUGUGUGCCUUCAACAGCCCUAAGCACUGAAAAAACUACUAGGACUUACUUUUAGACACUUUUCACUAUUAAUUACAAUGAAAUGGCAAGUAAUAACCAAAUAAACAUGGUAUUUUAAGGCAGAGAUAAUUUCUUGUAAGGAGUGCUUGCAAUUUCACAAGUUUAGGGUUUUAAAAGUUACAUAUAACUAUUGUAACAUCUGUAUAUAAUGUAGUAUAAUUCCAAUUAUUUAGUUUUGUAUGUCAAUUGUUUCUGCAAAAUUUCUCCCAAUUACAAGAAGGCAAAAGAAAAAAAAAGACUAUCUUUUUACUCUCUUUGUGGAAGGUAAAAAUUACCAGGUGAAAGUGAGAGUACAUAGAGGAACAUGGUUACAUUUUAAUGUGUGACAGGCAAUGCUUCAUAACUGUGGUUGUUUGGGGAAAUGAAUGAUUAUAAUUACUGUACUGUGUAGCUAACCGUUCAGUCUAAACUGUAACACAAUAAAACAACAAACAAGCAAAAAAAA